AUGCCUCGCCGCCAGUCAUCGCCGGCGAUGUCGGAAAAUGAAUUCGAUAUCACUAGUGCCUUGUUUCAAGACAAUGAUAAUUCCGACAUUGAGACUGGCAAAAAUGCCUCGCACAAGACCUUCGACCAUACCCAAGACCUCGACUUCCUCAACGGCGACGACGAUGGUGAUGCAGCUUUUAUCGCGACACAGCAGGCAUCAGCCAACAGGAAAGGCUCAAAUCUCAAGGGCCGCACAGUGAAGAAGGGAGGUGGCUUCCAAGCUAUGGGUCUCAACGCCAAUCUCCUCAAGGCAAUUGCUCGGAAAGGAUUCUCAGUUCCCACCCCAAUUCAACGGAAGACGAUACCGGUGAUCAUGGACGAUAAGGAUGUUGUGGGUAUGGCUCGAACCGGUUCUGGCAAGACUGCAGCUUUUGUUAUUCCAAUGAUUGAGAAGUUGAAGAAUCACAGCCCCACGUUUGGUGCUCGCGCUUUGAUCAUGUCGCCAUCACGCGAACUUGCUCUGCAAACCUUGAAGGUUGUCAAGGAGAUGGGCCGUGGGACAGACUUGAGAUCAGUCUUGCUGAUCGGUGGAGACAGCUUGGAGGACCAGUUCGCCAUGAUGGCUGGCAAUCCUGACAUUGUGAUCGCCACCCCUGGUCGUUUCCUUCAUUUGAAGGUAGAGAUGGAUCUGGAUCUCUCGAGUAUCCGCUACGUCGUCUUUGACGAGGCCGAUCGUCUCUUCGAAAUGGGUUUCGCCGCCCAAUUGACUGAGAUUCUUCAUGGUCUCCCCUCGACUCGACAGACGCUUCUGUUCUCCGCGACGCUCCCCAAAUCACUGGUAGAAUUUGCGAGAGCUGGCCUGCAAGAGCCGAGUCUUGUGCGCUUGGAUGCCGAGACCAAGAUCUCUCCCGAUCUUCAAAAUGCAUUCUUCUCCGUCAAGUCGUCCGACAAAGAGGGCGCUUUACUUCACAUUUUGCAAAAUGUCAUCAAAAUGCCCACUGGCCCGACUGAAGUCACACAGAGGUUCAAAGCGGAAACUGAAGAUCCGAAAAGCAAGAAAAGAAAACGCCCUCACUCCGGAAAGUCCAUCUAUAAAGAAUCUCCCACCGAGCACUCCACCAUCAUCUUUACCGCCACUAAGCAUCACGUCGACUAUAUUUAUUCCCUGCUGAUUGAAGCUGGUUACGCGACUUCAUAUGCUUAUGGUAGUCUUGACCAACUAGCCCGGAAGAUUCAGGUUGAGAACUUUCGAAAGGGCAUCUCCAACAUCCUCGUUGUCACAGAUGUAGCUGCCCGAGGUAUUGAUAUCCCUAUUCUUGCCAAUGUCAUCAAUUACGAUUUCCCCUCUCAGCCCAAGAUCUUUGUUCAUCGGGUUGGUCGUACUGCCCGUGCUGGUCGGACCGGAUGGAGUUACAGCCUGGUCCGUGAUGCGGACGCGCCUUACCUGCUUGAUCUCCAGUUGUUCCUUGGACGGAGAUUGGUUCUGGGACGUCAAUUCAGAACCGACGUCAACUAUGCGGAGGAUGUUGUCGUCGGUGCCCUUCCGCGUGAUCCGCUCUCACAGAGCUGCGAAUGGGCCAAUAAGGUUUUGGUCGAGAAUGUCGACAUCGCCUCGCAGCGUCAAGUGUCUGUCCGUGGUGAGAAGCUGUACAUGCGCACGCGAAAUGCGGCAUCAUUGGAGAGUGCGAAGCGAGCGAAGAAGGUUACAUCGUCGGAGGAGUGGUCCACCUUGCAUCCUCUCUUUAACGACGACGAAAGCCAGAUGGAAGCGGAGCGUGAGAAGAUGCUUGCCCGGAUUGGCGGCUUCCGCCCCUCAGAGACGGUCUUUGAGGUGCACAAUCGACGAGGAGGCAAGCAGGAAGGUGGAGAAGCGAUCGACACCAUCAAACGACUUCGUGCUACCGUGGAUAAGAAGAAGAUUCGUGCUCAGCACAAGGAGCAAUCUGAGCUGGCCGAGCUGGGCAUCGCUGUCAACCAAGUCGACAAGGAUGACGAUGCUGAGGAGGACGUGGAUCUUCCUGAUGUCGCGGGAGACAACAUGUCCGAGGCCUCGGAAGGCGAGCUGGAAGUGACCUUUUCGGCCUACAACCAGAAGGACAAGUCGUCCGGCAAGGCCACUGGGCUCCCAGCCAAUGCCUUCCAGAACCCCGAUUACUUCAUGGGGUACACGCCUGCGCAUCACAAUAGUGCUGAAGACCGGGCGUAUGGUGUCCACUCCGGUACCAAUUCCAACUUUGCACACGAGUCUCGCAACGCCACGAUGGAUCUGAAUGGCGACGACGGACAGAAGAACUUUGGUGAGAAUCGUUCCGUCAUGCGAUGGGACAAGCGACACAAGAAGUACGUCGCCCGGCAGAAUGACGAGGAUGGAUCAAAGGGUACGCGUCUGGUGCGCGGAGAGAGUGGUGCGAAGAUCGCUGCCAGCUUCCGCAGUGGCCGAUUCCAGAGUUGGAAGAAGGGCAAGCGUAUGAGUAACCUGCCUCGCGUGGGUGAAGCGGAGACACCAGGUCUCUCCACGGGGUCGGGGAUGCCCGGUGUUCACGGUCCUGGAGGCCGAUUCCGUCACCAGAAGCAGCAGGCACCCAAGCGCGCCGAUCCACUGCGUGGCGAUUACGAGAAACAGAAGAAAAAGAACGAGACUGCACGAGAGCGUCAACAUGGCCAGGUCGGCGGUGCUGCGGCUCGGGGUAAGAGUGAGAUUCGCUCUACCGAGGAUAUUCGGAAGGCGCGAAACCUGAAGCAAAAGCGUCGUGAGAAGAAUGCUCGUCCUUCCAAGAAGCGCUAG